AUGUGUACAUACCGGGUCGAGACCAACCAUCUGACCGGUGAGAUGCGAAACGAGAAGUAUGGCGAUUGCCAGCGAUUUAUUUGCAAGUAUUCGGUUGUCAAUGAAAUCUGGCGAAGUACGAAUGGUAGCCCCGGUGCGAUGCAACGGGCCCGCGGCAAUGCUGCUGGGGGCAGCCGAAUCACCAUUUGGCAUGGAGCCGCCGGUGAGACUCCCCCCACGGCAUAUGUCAAUGGGAGACCGGUCAUUGACCCAAACACAAACGCUGAGGGAUCUGUCAGUCUUGAAACCUCUACCACCAUCCCGGCACGUUCUGCAGCCAACCCGAGAAUAUCUUCUAGGACUCCGCCAAGGAGUCCUGUGGAAAUACUCAAUCUCACUCCAAGCCCACCAAGGACUCCAGCGAGGGAAUCGAAUUCGAGACGAGAGAGCCAGGAUCGAAAGGGCAAGAAGGAGAAGAUGGAUGAGAAGGAGAGGAACCGUGGAAAUGAGAGAAAGAGCGGGAUUGAGAGAAAGGCCGGGAAGGAGAGGAAGAAGAGAAUAUUGACACUCUAG